AACACCCACCAAACAAACCAAGAAAAACAAGAUGUCCAGAAAAACAAAAACUAAAUUUUUUGUUUGAUCAUUUUCUCAAUCAGAACAGACAGAUUUUGUACAGUUUAUCACAUUCUCGAAAGAGGACCAAAACAGAAGUUUUUUGAGCAUAUAAACGCAUAGGUCCUGCAUCCUUCUAAAUUCCUUCCUCUAAUUUAUUUCUUGUUUCUUCAGCGCGGUGGUUGAAAUUUGAAUUGUGUCUAACUUCAACAUCCAAUCUCAUUAUAUUCAGCUUACAAGUCAACCAUGCCGAGCAAGCUCAGGAAGGUAAUAGGAGCGGUGAAGGACCAAACAAGCAUUAGCCUUGCCAAAGCAACUAAUUCGUCUAACGUUGAUGUAGCUGUACUUAAAGCAACAACCCACGAUGAUGUUCCACUGGAUGAACGUUAUGUUAAUGAAGUUCUCGUCUUUACAUCUUCGAACAAAGUCAUGGCCGCUGCUUGUGCACAAGCGAUUGCUAGAAGAAUAGGCCGAACACGUAACUGGAUCGUUGCCCUUAAAACGCUUAUGCUUGUUUUAAGAAUUUUUCAAGAUGGUGAUCCUUAUUUCCCCAGAGAAGUUCUUCAUGCAAUGAAAAGAGGUUCAAGAAUUCUAAACCUUUCAAGUUUCCGAGACGAUAAAAAUUCAAGUCCUUGGGAUUACACAGCAUUUGUACGGACUUACGCUCUUUAUCUCGAUGAACGUCUAAAUUGCUUCCUUCUUGGUAAGCUGCAAAGACGAGCAGUGGUGCGCGAAAGAGAGAAUAAUAAGAGAAUUAACAGAGCUGCUACAAAAAAAUUUAAUGAGCAUGUUAGAGACAUGAAACCCGCAAUGUUGAUCGACAAGAUAUCUUACUGGCAAAGAUUACUUGAUCGUGCAAUCGCGACUAGACCAACAGGUGCAGCCAAAAAUAACACAUUGGUUCAAGUUUCUCUCUAUGCAGUGGUGACAGAAAGUUUUGAUUUGUAUAGAGAUAUAUCAGACGGACUCGCACUUCUUCUUGAUAGUUUCUUUCAUUUGAAAUACCAAUCAUGUUGCGAUGCAUUUAAAGCCUGCGUCAAAGCAUCAAAACAAUAUGAAGAACUAUGUUCGUUUUAUACUUUAUGUAAGAGUAUCGGAGUCGGAAGAGUUUCAGAAUACCCCAGUGUUCAAAAGAUUGCGGAUGAAUUACUAGAGACAUUACAAGAAUUUUUGAAAGACCAAUCUUCCUUUCCAAAUGGUAAUGGUACUAGGUCUUCACCCUUGCAACCUCCUCAAUUUCUUGGUGAGCCUUCUAACAAUGAUGAAUCUGGGGCGAGUCCGAUUCAAAAUGAAGCAUCGGAAGGUCUGGAACAAGAACGAGAUUCAGAUAUGGGAUCAGAAUUACACACUACCCAUCAACGAGCGUACUCGUCUUUAGAGGAUCUUUUAAGUGUAACAGAUGCUGGAACUAGUCCAUCCAUCUCAUUUCAUGAUCAUGAACGGAACUCGGAACAGUGGGAAAAACAAACUCAAGAGGAAGACUUGGGGAGUAAUUGGAAUAUGGAUGGAUCAAUUAGUCGGUCAAUGUCAAUGGAACAAAGAAACAGUUCGUCUGUGGAUUUCGGUUUAGUAUUUGACGGUCAAACUCAAGUAGAAGCAUCAGUGUCCGGAUGUUCACCAGAGAUGUCAAGAGAUGGAUGGGAGCUGGAGUUAGCUGAAUGCGCUAGCAACAUUUCUUCCACAGCGCCAUCACAGAAUGUUGCACCACGUACCGGGUUUGAUUCAUCUCUUUUAGAUGAGUUGUAUAAUCCUGCUGCGGUACAUCAUCACCAUCAUCAUCAACAUAAUAACUUGAGUUACAGCAACCCAUUUCUAAGUUCGUCGACGAAUGACUUGAUUGGUUUUACAAACAACCCCAACAACCUCGAAGUGAUGUCUACUCCAACCAGUCCCCUCGCCAUGUGUAAUUCAGUUUUUGAUCCAUUCUCAUCGUUGGUCCCAACAUUUCAAGCAAAACCAACAUUUUCUGCUCAGAAUCCAAAUGACGCAGAAAAUGAUCCUUUCGCAACAACUCCUCCUAGCAGCGCCAUAGAUCAAGCGACCAUGAAUCGGCAAAACUUGUUACUAGAACAGCAAAUGUGGUUGCAGAACCAAAACAAGAUUAUAGCAAAGAAUAUAGCUUAAAUAUUUUUGCCAUGGAUAAACAUAAAUGUAAAGUAAGACAAUCCUGUAAACCACUAUGUGAUUAAAGAGCUUUCACUUUUUAUA